CGCCAAGCAAAUCGAAUAAUAAUAGGACAACAAGCCAGACCAAGAAAGUACAAUACACUUUUUCACCUUUUUGCUAUAUAUACGAUAUCAGCUAAAGUCCCCAAACCCUUUUGAGUCUCACAAUGUCAUCUGGGCCUCCUCAUAAACGACCAAGACCGGACGAUGAUGACGACCAUGAUGACAUGGAUCUCGAGUUGGAACUUGAGGAGGAAAUUGACGCUGAACGCGAUGCUGAUUUGGGCGCCCCAGCAGACAUGGUUGCUGAAGAGGAAGCCACAGAUGAUGAUGGCGAGGGCCGCUGGAUCAGACCACCUCCCAAAGCAUUCCGGCCCAAAGAAGAUGCACUCGUCUUUCAGCAGCUAGAUCUGGAUCAUUACACUGGUGAUCCAAUGGUAGGGAUGCCUGGCGCUCAGGUCGGACCUGUGCCUGUCAUUAGAAUGUUUGGUGUCACCGACGAGGGUGUGUCAGUCUGCGUUCAUGUGCACGGCUUUUCCCCUUACUUCUACAUUCAGGCGCCUCCAAAAUUCACUCAGAGCCAUUGCCAGCCUUUCAAGGACGCCCUGAAUCGAAGCAUUGCAGCCGACGGACGCUGGAAAUCAGCUUCGGACGCAGUUUUGGCAGUGGAAAUUGUUCAAAAGGAGAACAUUUUUGGAUACCGUGGCCAGGGCAGGAUGCCGUUUAUCAGGGUGGUGGUUGCCCUCCCAACCUUACUUGCCAGUUGCAAAAGGAUCCUAGAAAGGGAAAAUCUACUGCCUAUCCUUGGUCCUUGUGAAUGGCCCUGUUUCGAAACAAACAUCGAUUUUGACAUCAGAUUCAUGGCUGACGUGGAGAUGAUGGGAUGCAGUUGGGUGGAAUUUCCAGCUGGGCAAUGGAAGGUGCGGGACGCGAACCAGAUGACCACUCGCUGCCAGCUGGAGGCGGACGCGUCGUGGGAGGCAGUCAUUGCCCACGCCCCUGACGGCCACUGGGGUCGGCUCGCCCCAUUCAGGAUCAUGUCCUUUGACAUUGAAUGCGCUGGCAGAAAAGGUGUCUUCCCUGAGCCUGAACAUGACCCUGUGAUCCAAAUCGCGUCUGUGAUUGUACUCCAGGGCAAACAGCAGCCUUUGGGGAAGAUCGUGUUUACAUUAGGAGACUGCGCACCCAUUGUUGGUUGCAAGGUUGUCAGCUUUGAAAAAGAAACCCAACUGCUCGCAAAAUGGGCUGAGUUUGUGAGACAGGUAGACCCUGACCUCAUUACCGGAUACAACAUCAACAAUUUUGACUUUUGGUAUCUGCUGAACAGGGCCAAACAUUUGAAAGUCCCUAGUUUUGAUUUACUUGGUAGAGUGAAAAAUAUAAGAUCCGUUUCAAAGGACAGUGUUCUGCAAAGCAAGCAAAUGGGUAGAAGAGAAAACAAGAAGACCAAUAUGGAAGGCAGAGUCAUCUUUGACUUGCUUUUGGUAUUGAUCAGGGAUUACAAGCUGCGAUCAUAUUCUUUAAAUGCUGUGUCGUUUCACUUCUUGGGAGAGCAAAAAGAGGACGUUCACCACUCAAUCAUCUCUGAUUUGCAGAAUGGAGACGAUCAAACGAGAAGAAGAUUGGCCGUUUACUGUUUGAAAGACGCUGUUUUGCCUCUUAAACUUAUGGACAAAUUGAUGUGCGUCAUCAACUACAUGGAAAUGGCUCGUGUCACUGGCGUCAGCUUGGGUUGUCUGCUCACUAGAGGCCAGCAAAUCAAGGUAGUUUCCCAGCUGCUGCGGAAAGCCAAGGAGGCCCACUAUGUCAUUCCCGUGAUGGGCGUGCGUGGAGGAAAUGAGGAGCAGUUCGAAGGUGCUACUGUGAUCGAGCCACUCAAGGGCUACUACAAGCAGCCAAUUGUGACGCUUGACUUCUCCUCGCUGUAUCCCAGUAUUAUGAUGGCGCACAAUCUGUGCUACACAACGCUCGUGUCUGCUGGCGUCAAGGGCACUCUCAAGCCAAGCGAUUAUGUGGUGACACCUCAGGGCGACUGCUUUGUCAAGACAGAGAUCCGCAAGGGACUACUUCCUGAGGUGCUUGAGAGUCUGCUCGCUGCGAGGAAACGCGCCAAGGAAGAGUUAAAGAAAGAGACUGAUCCACUUCGUAAAAAGGUACUGGACGGUCGGCAGUUGGCUCUUAAAAUCUCAGCCAACUCAGUAUAUGGAUUUACUGGUGCACAAGUUGGAAAACUACCCUGCUUAGAAAUCUCAGGGAGCGUGACUGCUUAUGGCCGUCAAAUGAUUGAGCACACUAAGCAAGAAGUUGAGGCGAAGUAUUGCAAAGCCAACGGCUAUGAAUUUGACGCUCAAGUCAUUUAUGGAGACACAGAUUCUGUGAUGAUCAAAUUCGGCGUGGACGACAUCAAGGAAGCCAUGAAACUGGGCACAGAGGCUGCUGACUACGUCACCUCCAAAUUUGUGCGGCCCAUCAAACUCGAGUUUGAGAAGGUGUAUUGGCCUUAUCUGCUGAUCAACAAAAAGAGAUACGCCGGUCUCUACUACACCAGGCCAGAAAAAUAUGAUAAAAUGGACUGCAAGGGCAUUGAAACCGUUCGAAGAGACAACUGUCCACUUGUAGCCAACAUGAUGAACACCUGUCUAAAAAUGCUGUUAAUUGAAAAAGACCCCAACGGUGCUGUGAAAUUUGUACAGCAAAUGGUGUCAGAUUUGCUGUGCAACAAGGUGGACAUCAGCCAACUGGUGAUCACAAAGGAACUGGCAAAGGAAGACUACAAAGCAAAGCAAGCUCACGUGGAACUGGCUGAGAAAAUGCGCAAGAGAGAUCCAGGAACGGCGCCCAAGCUUGGUGACCGCGUGCCCUACGUCAUUAUUUCCGCGGCAAAGAACACUCCAGCUUAUCUCAAAGCCGAGGACCCCAUUUUUGUGCUCGAGAACAACAUUGGCAUCGACACAGACUAUUACCUCAGCAACCAGCUAGCUAAACCUCUUCUGAGAAUUUUCGCACCAAUUCUCGGAGAGGCAGCAGCUGAAAACACACUUCUCAAGGGAGCUCACACCUUAACAAAGAAGAAAAUUACCUCAAAAAUUGGAGCACUGGCUGCGUUCACGACCAAGCGAGAAACAUGUCUGGGAUGUAAAACCCCUCUGCCGCCAAAUACUGAAGGUGCUUUGUGUAAACACUGCCUUCCCAAAGAAGCUGCUCUUUAUCAGGUUGAAAUGGCAAAAAUGAAUGAGUUGGAAGGCAGUUUUUGCCGUCUCUGGACACAAUGUCAACGUUGCCAGGGCAGCCUUCACGAGGAGGUCAUUUGCACGAGUCGUGACUGUGCGAUUUUCUACAUGAGGAAGAAAGUUCAAAUGGACCUCAAUACUCAAGCAAACGUCAUUCAAAGAUUUGGACAGCUUGAUUUCUAAAAUGGGAUUUGUUUUCACAUAUUGCUGUUUGUAAAAAUGUAUUUUUGAUCUGUUAAAUUAAAUAAAUUCCUUCUUAAAUUAA